GGGGCAAGCGCCAUGCGUCGGCAUCGCGCACGCCGAGUGGAGCCGCCUGGCGCUCUUCGACUUCCUCCUGCAGGUGCACGACCGCCUGGACCGCUACUGCUGCGGCUUUCAGCCGGAGCCGGGGGAGCCCUGCGUGGAGGAGAUGCUCCACGCCAAGUGCCGGAACCCCGCGGAGCUCGCCUUGGUCCACAUCCUGGUGCGGAGGAGCUCGCCGUCGCGCCUCGUGUUCAUCGACAACGCGGGCCGCCCGCAGCACCCGGAGGCGAAGCUCAACUUCAGGCUGCUGCAAGGCAUCGAUAGCUUCCCAGAGACGGCCGUGGCCAUGCUCAGGUCGGGCUGUUUGCAGAAGGCGCUCCUGAAGUCUCUGUACGUGGAUCGGGAAUUCUGGGAGAGCCAGGGCGGCUCCGAAGGCCUGCGACCUUGGCUGCAAACGCUGGAGAGGCGCGGGCAGAUCUUACUGCGCCACAUCCAGGAGCACAAGCUGACCGUGUUCAGGGAGACAUCAUCACCCUAA